GCCAGGGCAGCAUCACCCCCAGUCUCGUCGUCGGAAGCAGGACAUUUGAGCCGAACCGAUUACACUAAACUACCACUGUCAUUUCAUUCCUUGCUUUUGCCGUUGCAUAGUAUGAUAUCAAUCCCAUCCCCAGUCUCUUCUCCAGCAAUAAUCGCCAUCGUCUGAUGUUGUCCUCUCCAACAAUCGCUGGAUCCAUCUUCAACACAGCAAACACCUCCUUUGGGCGCUUUGGGUUUCGACAGGACGGUUUGACCUUGAGUAACGGUCAAAUAGAGUUGACUAAGGGCCUCGAACGCGCACCCCCCUUCUCUUCUCCCACCUCCGAACCGAAACGUCGGCCGUUGUCGCCCUGGGAGAUUGAGACCGUCGUCAAGCUCCUACCCGCUAGCCAACCAUUCCCUUGCCCAACCAUUGCCCCCUCACACGAUACCUAGCCAGCCCAGACCAGACCCAUAACAGGCUCUUCCCUGGACCGGAGCAGUCACCACCUACCCGGUCACCACCUCCUCACCAGAGCUCACCACACCAGUCAAGACCCGCUCUGUGUCUGCACCGAACCGACGACAUUCCCGUGCAGUGGAACAUCACCUCCUCCAAGUCAGAGCGCUGCUGCUGCUGCAUUGUGCCGGUCCUGGUAACCGCUGUAUACAACGCAACAACCCAUACAGAGAUACAAGACGACGUGACAGCGCCAUCUCUGUGUCCUACUCUCCUCUCUGUCACUCUGUCACAAUACGGAUUUCUUUCCCGGCUAACUUACAACAACAACAACAACAGACAACAGACCCAGAUGCGUUGAGGUGCUGUCCUGCUUGUCGACUUGUAUCCUUUUUGCUUAGUAAAGGUACUGGUGAUCUGCUGUCUGUCCUCCCAUCCAGCCAGUCAGUCAGUCAGUCAGUCAGUCAGUGGUGACUGGUGCUCUGCACACAUCAUCCCAAAGGAGCUGGACCACCUGCCAAAUCAGUUUUCAACCACCUGAACCCUUAUACCGCCGUUAGCUUGACGUUACUCAAAAUCAGAAAACAUUUGCCGUCCUCCAGCCAGCUGUGCGCCAUCGCUCUCGCUCAACUCUGUCUCUCCCUCCUCUCUCUCACUCUCCGUCUCUUCCACGCCUUUCUCCUAGGUCCCAGGUUCCCCGGUCCAGCUCGCCAAAAAUCCAGAGCAUCUCAAUAUCGGCCAUCGGGCAUCCCUGAGCUUUCUCUCCUCUCCAAGUCUGCUGCUUUUGGUUUGCCUUUGGAUCUUUCUUGUUCUUCACGCGGUACACUGCACCAGCAACAGAGGACAAGCACCCUGUCUACUGUCUUGGUACUAUCUUAAAGUACAGACUUCCUGUGCCCCUCCCGUGCUUGGCUCCUUGGACAUCUCUCCCAAACUAUCUUUCCACAGCCAAGCGUUGGAGCUGCCUAUCAUACCCGACUUCCCCCGUUUGCGCAUGGCGAUAUCGUUGUAGUUAUCCUACUUACAGAAGCUCAAGCAAGGCCAGCUCGUUGGAGCGGCCGGCGUUAAGCACCCGCCUACAACAUGGAUAUCGAGCAGACGUUUAUGACUAUUCACAACCUGACAGCAAAGGCGAAUAUCCUGUUCGCAUCCGACUCCAUCCUCGACAUUCUAGGCUAUCAUCCAGACGAGGUCAGGGGAAAAUCAUGCUUUGACCACUUCCAUCCAGAUGACGUGGCACUUGCCCGCCGUGUUCACCAGGAAGGCGUGCUGCUCGAUAAGGCAGCUGUUUUGCACUAUACCAGAAUCGCCUCGAGAGAUGGCAAGUGGAUUAAUUGCGAAUGUUGUUUUACCGUCGUUCACGAUGUGCUUGUGGCGAGCACCAGUGUUUACCUAGGUGGCUUGAAAAGUGAGAGGAGAAAGCUUGAUGCGCCGCAUAUUGAGCGGAUCUUCUCAUCAGCACCUCGAGACCCCAGGUAUCAUAUGCUCGAGCACAUGUCGCCCAAGUUCACCAUGCCUCCAGCGGGCCGCGAACCUCGUGCAGCGCUCAUCCUCAACCGCUUCACUCGGAACCUCAGCAUCAUGUUCGCAACUAAUGCAGUUGAGUCCAUACUUGGCAUAAGCCCAGAGGAAAUCAAGGACAAGCCCUUCUACGAGUGUAUUCAGGAAAACUGCUUGCAGGAAGCCAUCCAGGUUCUAGAGAGUGCAAAGGCCAACGAAUCGAUUGCAUAUCUUCGCUUUUGGUUUCGGGAUCCACGCAUAGGCACAGAUGGCCAGGAUGAUGAGGAAGAGGAGGACGAAGACGAAGACGAUAACGACUCGGGUGAAGAGGAAAGUGACGAGGACGAUGAUGAGGUGGAAUAUUUGGGAAGCAGGGCUAAAGGUUCAAAAGGCAGGGUCGUCAGACGGGACGAUGAUCAGAUGGAUAUUGAUGACAGACCGUCAAGAGGGGAGGGAAGGGGUGAAGCAAAGGAACCAGACCGCCGACCCUCCAGUUUUGAGUUGGAGGCAGUUGUGUCUUGUACUUCGGACGGGCUUGUCGUGGUGCUCCGAAGAGCACGGCCACAGGUCCCCGAGCACGUACCUCAACCGGUACCGGUUUUCACUUACGAGAACGGUCUCUUCGCUGCACCAUGGGGUCUCCGUCCAAUUGAGCCUUCUGUGCCGCCAGAACUCUUACACAUAUUCAGACCCCCCCUAUUACCCCAGCACAUGCCGCUCAAAGAAAACGUAAGGGCAGCCGGUGGUCCGCCGAUGGACCAGCUGAUGAGGUCCAUUCGCGAUGUCGCAGUCUUUGCCUGGGCUCUGGUUGGCAUCAACGGCAACAUUGCAAAUUACGCACACGGUUUUCCCCCAAGAGAUGAGACGCAGCCGCCAGCGGCGGAUGGUCGGUAUCAACCCGGGCGGGACAGUCGAGCGUCAAAUCACCACCUCGCGCAUUGUAGGGAAUAUUACAACCCUAACAACGGACGGUCUCUCGCGGCGACAGCAAGGGCAUCAUCCCCACCAGAAUAUCCCUCACGGCAACAAGCGCUCCCGAGCGGAAGUGGAAGUGGAAGCGGGUGUACGUGUCGUGGUGCUGGUGCUGGUUCUUUAACCCAACGUCAACACACACCCGGGAUGUUAUUUUAUGCACCACCGCCACCACAGCAACAACCACAACAACGCGGAUUCGAGUCACGACCGGGGUAUCAAUCCCAAGCAGGUGGAGUGUUCUGCCGUGGCGCUCUACAGCAGCCAAGCGAGGAACCUGGUUCACCUGUACCAUCAUCUUCAAUUUCUCCAAUCAUGCAGCAGCAGCAGCAGCAGCAGCAGCACUACCAUCGUACCCCCCCUCUCCGGCCUCACCACCAUCAUUCUCCUUCUCCGAUGUUGUCUCCUCGCCGAGGAGCUACCCCUGAAUCGGAAUAUGCUCCUGCUCCCACCCCGGCACCACCCGCGAGGCACGACCUACCUCCAGAGCCUUGGACCGCUGCGUCGGCAGCAACGGCAACGGCAACGGCCAGUACGACGACUCAAGCGGCACCGGAUGGGAACGAGAUGAGGAGAAAUUCGAGGUUUUUGUGGCAAUAAACUCUUAUGAAGCAUGUACUACAUGCGGCAUGAAGGGGUCGGCUGUUUUGUUCCUUCCUCUGACUUUCCCCCCUUUGUCGUUUCCACACAUUUUCACAAAGUUUUCAUUCAAAAGAUUAUGGUUAUGGGUGUGAAUAUCACUUCUCUUUCUUCAGUAUUCAAGGACGCAAAGAGAUGAAACCAAAAGGAAAAGGCCAGACCCUUGACAAUAUCUUAGAUGUCUUACUCCUCUCAUAUUACCGUGUUUUUUUACUUUCUAAUUUUUUUUUUUUUUUUUUUUUUUUUUUUUUUUUCAUAUACUUCAAAAGCUAGUUGAUGUUGGUCAUGUGAACGUCUUAUACCUCUCGCAACUUAUAAUCACGGGAAUGGGCAUGAAUGGGAUGGACAGCAAAUGGCCUGGUCAG